AUGUCUGUACCACCUCGCUGGCUUAAUUGUCCCAGAAAAAGCAAGAUAAUCGCCGGUAAGCUCUGUUCAUGUAACCUCGACCACAAAAAUGCAGCCACAGCUGUACAGAUUGUAGGUCUUUAAGACUCAGCAUAUUGUAUAAUGCAAGUAGAGUCGAAGAGGUUCAUCAUACAAAUAAAAACUCAUUUACUCAUUCAUUUAUCAUUCAACUUUACGAACAACGAUUUUAACUUUUAGCCAAGUUUUAAAUGAUGCCACGGAACUAGUCAGUUAGUCAGUUUAAAAACAUCAGCUUAAAACGCAUUUAGCUUAAUUUUAUUAUUAUAAUGUUUUAAUGGUUGAACUUAAUAUUAAGCCAAGGCUAGGCUAUGUUACAUUUACGUACAGCACUGGGCUUAACUACAGAAUACAGGGUAAAUUUUCGAGGUUUAUACCGAGCGGUCGAGCCACUAAACCGUAUAACCUUGACUGAACAGCCACUGAGCUGCCAAGCCACUAAAAUAUAUGCCUUUACUUGUUCUCUAAAUUUUAUUCUUUUACAUCCUUUUUUACGUCUGUCUUAUACCGUAAAUCCUCUAUUAAGCUACCCUGGGAGCAGAGGCUACUUUUGUGUGGUAUGAGCUGGCAUGCGAAAAGUAGCCUCUGCGAACAACCAUUCAAUUCUCUAUCGUACAUGUGCGAGAUUCAUCACGCAAUUCUCAAGCAAAAAAUCAUCAUGUCUUUCGCCAAGCCUAUUGCUCGAGGUUCACAGGAAUCAAACUUGCGCACAACUCUGCUCGCACUUUCGGUUUGUUUUUUCAUCUUUUUCUCUAUAGUUUUCAGUAAUUUGGCCACAAAUUUGCCGAAGAAUAAAAGUACCCCUUAUUUCCUGGAUCAUCUUUUUCAGGAAAGUAUAGGCUGCCAACUGUAGUUAAGUCCUGUCCUGUCUUUAACUUGAAACAGCACUUUUUUUCGGCUUAUUGUAGUAGUAAUUCAUUCAUGUUACAGAAGUUUUUUACGCCAGAGUUAAACCUUCUUAACACCUUUGUUAACAUCGAGCUACAGACAUAUUGAUGCUAUAUAUCAAAGGCCGGAAAAACAUUCUAAAGCGUUUGACACAGGAUAACCCAUACCUGUAAACGACUAUUCCACCAGCGCAGGCAUUCAAACAAUUUUUUUAUUUUCAAUCAGUAAUAACCUAGUAAACAAUAGUUGUGCUCAAAAUGAAAAAUGAAUUCGCUGACAACCCUAUGCAGAAGAGAUGCUUGAAAUAAGUUGGAUGCUGGUUGUAUUUCUGAUGUUUGUUGUAAGGCAGACAACAGAAGGUCAGAUGACAGCAAAGAGUACUAAAAUAUGUCAUAAAAAAAGAAAAUUUAAAGAAGAGAGGAUUAGUGGACUCUGUUCUGAUUUGAAUUAAAAUUAUUAAAUUUAUUACAAACUGUUGAUGGUUUAUUUAUCUGUGGAGCAUUUCCCAAAAAAUUCAUCUAGUAUUUUUAAUAUUUAGCUCGUGGGUCUCAGGGCUACUUAUGAUAUACAGCGUGUAUUGAAGUGGCUGCAUGAUAAGACCAUGGACAAAACCUGAAUUAGACGGCAUUGGAUCAACCUGCAUAACCCGAUCCCUAACUUUUUGUCAUUUAGUGAGUAACACUGUACAGGGGUUUAACCCUUUAAGCCCUAAGAGCGAUCAGCAUCAAAUUUCUCCUUGUAAUAUCAAUGCUUUGUAAAACAGAGGGUCAUGAGAAUUACGAACAUGAUCACACAAGAUGAAUUUGCUUGAUAUAUUAUCAACUUCUCCCCACUACUUCUGUACGAAAUGAAUAGGGGCAACAAAUGAGAAUUCAAAUUUUGAUCUUAGGGUUUAAAGGGUUAACCAAUCGAGUCUAAUGCAGGUUUUUUUGAUGGCAAUUAUUGCCUGACUUAUACAUAAGAGAAUGCUUCCCCCUUCAUAUGUGAUAUAAUAAACAGACAGAUUUUUGACUUUUUUUUGUUCAGACAAAUUUCUUGCCUUCAAAACACCACUGGGACCUCGUUAUGAUGCUAACAUUCCUGAGGCAAAUCGAUUUCAGCUGCCAAUGUUGUUCGCAUACCUUAAUUCAUUAAAGGUGAGAGUAGAUCAAAUUUUUUUGGCCAAUUUUUAACCAUACUUUUAAAAACUAAGCUAUAAGGGGUUAGAGGGCUUUAAUCUGGGGUCACAUAGCAGCUCUCCUAACGCUAAAAGCCAAGUUUUGUCACUCUAACCAUAACUCAAUGGAUUCUGAAAUAACGAUGAACUAUCUUAUGUUAUUGUUUUCUGUGACCAGUGAGAAGACACCUUUUGAGCAGUUAUUUUUACUCAUUUCUGCAAAGAAAAGAAAACAAAAUUGAUGAUGACUAUUAAACAGGAUGAUUUUUUUAUUUUCUUUUAGGUGAAGUUAGGAUUGAUUAUUGACUUGACAAAUACGACACGCUUCUACGAUAAAACAGAGGUGGAAAGGACAGGAAUCAAACAUGUCAAGAUGAAUUGCAAGGGGUUGGUAUAAUAUUUGUACUAUGUUUGUCAUUUCUCCAGCAGUUUACUGCUCACAUGAAUCCACAAGAAGCUGAAAAUAUAGAAUUAUUAAUUUCACAAGACAUUAAACAAAAGAACGCUCUUUUUUCUGUGUUCUACUCCCAAAUGCAGGGGUUUCAGUAAAAACUGAAGUAGCCAAAAAUUUCAACAGAGUGUUCUGCAAAAUUUUCAACAGUCCGUAGAAAAUAAGAUGUUUGGGGUCAAGCUUUCCUCAGAAAAUUUUCAAAAUUAAAACCCCUAAUAUCUGGGGAAUUUCCAGCAUUUAUCUGUAGCAAAAUGAAAUAUAAUGGCCAGACUUUUUUCAAAAUUAUUUAAUAUAUUAAUUCAGUCAUAUGUCACAGGCAAAUGUUUGAUCUAUUACUACAAAAGUAAAAGGAGCAAACAAUGAACAAAUGAUAAUCAUGCUAGGUUACAUACAUUUUUGAUGAACAAAAUAUAUUUUUUUUUUUCAGAAAUUUGACAUUAUUCAAACUAGUUGCCUUUGGCCAUGGGAGGAAAACAAUGUCUAGCAGACUAGUUUUAGGCAAUAAGUGAACCUCAGGAUUAAUAAUUAUUGUCUCUGGUUAUUUGAAUUGAAAAAAUCCCCUGCAAAUGUGAUCCUAAUGUCAUGUAAAUGAGUUUGUGACCAAAGUAUUAUGUUCUAUGUUCUGCAAAAAUGUUGAAUAUGGCUUUGUCAAACAUCCACUUAAGAGCCAACAGUUAGAAAGUUUAUGUUGAGGUCACUGUUCAUGGCCACAAUUACUUUUUUACUUUGAUGUACUUUAUAUUAAUGGCUGUUACUUCUCUGUGGUCUUUACUGCAGACAUGGAGAAACUCCAACAAGAGAACAGGUGGCUCUUUUCAUCAGUAUGUGUGAUAGAUAUUUCAACCAAAAUCCAGGAGGACUUAUAGGUAUGUGAUCAUGUGGAAAGUUUUAGUAAGAGUAGAGUCUAUAACCAAAGGGGUGCUACUGCCACAUGAAUACCACAGUCACAGGUAUACCACCUUCACAGAGAUACCACAUGACCAGGGCUAUGAUACACAUGUAACUGUGAGUCAAUUCACUGUCACACGUAGCCAAAUUAAAAAUCAUUGAAAAAAUGCUCGAUUGUUAUUUUGAAAAAUCUGGAAAGAAAUACAGACAAACAGGAAAAACACAAGAUUUCCCUUUACUGCUUGCGCUUACAAUAACCAACGUUUUUGUUCCCUAGGAGGGGUUACAGUGCAACUACACGAACCGAGGCCACCCAGACAAAAAUUUGAGAGAAAUAUUUUGAAUUACCCAAUCACAAGUCAAGAUCUAAACAAUUAGAUUGUGCAUAAUUGUACUCAGAGUCAGUUCAAAAUACAUUGCAAACCGUUUUUCUAAAGGAUAUAAAAAAUAAGGAAUUGUGACAUUUGUGUAAAUCAAACUGAAAAUGUUUUGACAAUGUCUGGUUUUGCUGGAAUCAAAGUCGGCAGUAAAGAAAUUUUGAACAAUUCAAACUAAAGGCAAUGGCCGUUCAUUUCACAGCAAAUAGCACUCAGCGAGUGAAUGGCAGUGUCGGCAAUUUGAGAGCAUUAGCAACAAAGAUAUGGGGCUGGUUACAUGUAAUGCAAAUUACAAUAUGCACUCACCCAGCUUGCCCAACAAAAAGAAAACUGAGAAUGAAUCUAGACUGUUCAAGAAUAGUGAAGAAAAUCGCCAUGGUUAGUGGAAUUUUUGUGGAGGGAAGAGGGCAGACAUUGAUUCUUGGCAUGAAUAAGAAAGAUCAGAAAAAAUCUUCAAAGCAAACAAGUCAAUGAUUGCCCUAACUGCAAUCACAAGCAAUGACGCUAGUGAAAUGCAGAAACAAACAAAAUGGAUUGAAAUCCACCAAUCACAAACCAUGACCUUUUGAACUUGUUCACUGAAGUAAACAUGUGUUUCCUAGGAGGUCUGCUAAGAAGAUUGACGGAACAGAAAAACCCAAAAUUCCUUCAAAUAAUAAAAACCAUCUUUUGUGAGGGGCCAUCGCCUUUAGUGCGGAUUGUUCAAAAUUUCUUUACUGCUGGCUUUGAUUCUGCCAUCAUGAUUAUGUUACAGUUCAAAAUUAAAUUCAGGUUAAAAUUUCCUUUGUCUCCUAGCCCUAAUCCACGAAUAAUAUUGGAUUAGGAGUUCAAGUAGGAGACAAAGCAGGGCUUCUGAUAUUUCGCGGAAAAAAAGCAAAAUUUCGCGGGAUUUUCAGGGGCAAAUUCACGGAAAAAUCGGCUGAUUUCGCGGGAAAAAAGUGAAAAUUUGUUGAAAAAUCGGCUGAUUUCGCGGGAGAAAAGUCAAAAUUCGCAGAAAAAUCGGCCGAUUUCGUGGGAUUUUACCGGAAAAAAGUCAAAUUUCGAAGGAUUUUCAGGGACAAAUUCUUAGAAAAAUCGGCCGAUGUCACGGGAAAUUUCGGGGGGAAACUUCGCCAAGAAACAAUCAGUAAAAAACAGCCGAUUUCGCUGGAUUUUGUUUGGUAAAUUUCGCUAAAAUCUAUCAAUUUUGCGUCGAUAUGACCAGCGUUGUUUAACGUUUUUUUUUAACAGGGAUAAUCAUUUGCUCUUUCAACAACAGUUCGCUUGAGAGAUGAGCAAAUGCUAAAGCUGUUAAAAUUAUGGUUAGUGCCCAGUUUUUCGCAACAUUAAUCUAAGAACGCCUGGUGGUUUUGGGACGUUGUUUACUCGUUGCAGUGACGACGUUUCAAGAUAAAUUUGGACGUUUGGGGUGAAUAAAACAGGUCUAAUAGCCAAGAUAAGUAUUACAUAUGUUUUGCCUACAUGUAUUUGGAAAUCUUUCUAGUGGAUUUCGCGGUAUUUCGCGUUUUUUGGGGAAUUUCGUGGGAUUUCGCGGAAAAGCCUGAAUUUCGCGGGUCCACGACCGCGCGAAAUAUCAGAAGCCCUGACAAAGGAAAUUCAGAAUCAACCUAGGUUAAAAAAUCUUAACCUGAAUUUAAUUUUGACCUGUAAUAUAUAUGUUAUUGUAAUACAUAUAUCAGGGGUGGCGAAUGGUAAAAUCCGAGACUCGCCGAGACGCCGAGAUCCUAGUUAGAAAUCCGAGCCUGAGACUCUUUGGUGAAAAGUUUUAAGGCUCAAAAAAAGUAAAAACAAACCAUGAAAAAACGAGACUUCGAGACUUAUCAAAAACGCUUCCGAGAUUUCGAGAUCCUGCCAGACUUUUCCGAGACCCACGUUUUUCGAGGUACCAUUCGCCACCCCUUAUAUCCUUUGGAAAAAUGGUUUGCAAGGUAUUUUGAACUUGCUCUGAGUACAAAAUUAUGCGCAAUUUCAUUGUUUAGAUCUCAACUUGUGAUUGGCUAAUUUCAAGAUUUGUUUCCUUUUUUGUCUGGGUUGCCUCGGUUCAUGUGGUCGCCCUGUAAACGGAAUGUAGCUGUGAGCUACACAAUCGUCAUCACCGUCAUUAUCACCACUCAGAUGUUUAGAAUGUGACCGUAGGUUUAUCCCAACCACUGUAAUUUUAUUGAAAUUCAACUGGCUUGGCACUGCAGCAUCUACUGCCCAGAAAUCAAAGUUGGAAGAUUGCUUGUCUGCCGUGCGGGAGGUUCUGAGUUCAAACUCCAGCCAGACCACUAACCAAGGUCUUUAAAACACUGGUGAGAUCAUGCCAGCUGUGGUCUAAACCCUUUCCCAGUUCAGAUGUUCAUGUCAUUGGGCGGUAACAAUAAGCCAUUGGCCUUGUCUCCUUCAUCCUUGCACAUCAGCUGGAAGGGGAUGUUAAAAGAACCUGUGACACUGUGUGAAUAAAAAUGUAAAGAGUAGGGAAUGUAGGCCCCAGUGGCAUGGUCCAUCUGACUUGUGCCGUCAAUGGCCUGGGUGGAUGAGGUGAGAUCAAACAUGGACUGAAGCAGCUGCGUAGUGCACCUUUACAUGCUUAUGUCCGGUCUCAUCUCUCUGGUUCCUCUGCAAUUCAACCAUUGGCUGCAAGUGUGGAAGGUUGGCAUUUCUGAUUUUGUUAUUAUACAUGUAUCCCUUCAGAAUGACAAAUCCCAAAGUGCAUACCAGCUGAGAUAAAAAUAAUUAUAUUUUUUUUACAUCAGGUGUCCACUGCACUCAUGGAUUCAACAGGACUGGUUUCCUUAUCAUAGCUUAUCUUGUGGAGAAAGAUGACUGGAGGUUAGUGAUGUUUUUGGUUUAAUGGGGUCAGAUCAGUGAAUUUACUUUUAAGGGAGUCCAAACUUGUUCAUGGUUCUGCCAGGGAUGAUUACCACGAUCCUACUUCAAAAUUAACCUGAAUAAGGACACAUUAAUUUAUUUGGUGUAUUUUGGCAAAGUGCUACAUGUAUUGACUGCAUUACAGAUAUAACUAAACCCCAGUUAGUAAUGUCUGCGAAGCAGCACUGAUAUCCUUCUUUCUGGCACUGUUUUGCAGGCAGACUUUACCAGAAGUUUGUUAUGUUUGCACUGGUUUUACAAAACAAUAGUGAAAGGGAUAAUUAACCAAACCCCUAAGUCUAAUUAAUAAGAACUAGAGCUACAGGCUAUAGAGACCAAAGAAAGUACAGUGGAACCUCGAUUUAACAAACGUCUAUAUAUUGAAGUCCUCAGUAUAAGAAACAAUUUUCUUCAACCCGGCCAGAAUUACAGUAAAAUGUAUGGAACAGAACCUUGAUUUAGCAAAAUCCUCAUCUUAACAAACACAAUCUACUUGCGCAAAUUGUAAAAUAUACCUUAAUAUAACGAAUAAAAAAUGUCAGCAUCUGCAGAUUAAAGGUAAAUACUAAACAGACUAACAACGAUAAAUCGAGGUAUCGGAUAUAACGAACAAAUUUCUCCAGUCCAUUGGCACUUAAAUCGAUGUUCCACUGCAGAGGACUAGAAAAGGUGCAGAUCACACUGAAAAAUGUGUAUUGUUGGGCAUUUUGUGUAUUAAGCUUUGUUUUUUUUUUCUUCACAGUGUUGAUGCAGCAGUUCAGUGCUUUGCACAGGUUUGUGUUUAGUUCUUGUGACCUAUUGAGCCAGAGCAAUCAAUAUCAGAGUAUGUCUGUAAUAUCUUCUUAACAUGUCACUAGUUAAUCAUGAUAAUAUCGAUGAAUAAAUUAUAAGCGCACACACAAACAGUGGCUCUUUAUCUACCAUUUCCCAGUUCUAUGCAAUACUUUGAUGUAAGAACUAAAAUUUUGUUGUAAUUGCACAGUGAUGCUAAGCCUACCCUAUGUUUCUUUAGUGUCGUCCACCAGGUAUUUACAAAGCUGAUUACCUGAAAGAGCUUGUCAGUCGCUAUGGUGACCCGGCAGAGACCAUCGCACCUCCUGAACUGCCUGAUUGGUGCAUAGAAGAAGAAGAAGGCAGUGAUAAUGAAGAACAGAAUGGAGAGAUGACAGAGGAUGGCAGCCGCCCAGAUGGGAGUAGGAAACGAAUACGGAGAGAUCCCAGGUUAAAGGUGAAGAGGGCGCACAAGUCAAAGGGGUGUUCUCUGUUAUGCCAAGAUUUCUACAAUGCCUUGUCAUUUAACAUUAUUGUGUUUGCAGUUUCUGUAGAAACUGUAACACCAUGCCGUCAUGUUGUGUUUUUACAUGUACUGUUCACAAGUAACGAAAGCAUUUAGGGCCAGAUACAAAAUACUGUAUGAUUCAGUUCGCAAACAGGGAGACUUUAUUAUGCUCUAGUCAUUGCUUGCCAUUUAUCAAGGAGAAGUUAUUUUUUUCAGUCAAAGGAAAUUUUGCAAAAAAGGGGUAUUUGUGGUCUUUGGUGUGCUACAUAGCAUGAAGGUCUGUACGCACAUGGUGACAGGUUGCUUCGAGUGUACUGGAGAAUUUUUUUGAAAAUCUUUGUCUCUCUAACAGUCUUUUGUCGUGGCAACAUGUUGCAAAAAAUCAAAUCAGACAGAAUUUGUGCAACUUGUUAUGGCAAUAAAAUUUUGCUGCAGAGACAAAGAUUUUCACAAAAAUUCUCUGUUACACAUGAAGUGAUUUGUCGCUGCGAUGUAUCGCUGCAACAUGUUGCUGCAACUAGUCAUCCCACCUGUACACACGUAGUGAUCUGUCGCCAUGACUUGUUGCUGCAACUUGUCACCUAGUGUGUUCUGACCUUGAAGGUGAAGUGUGACCUGUUACGUCAAGAAAAUAAGCCUGACUGGUUGUUUCAGAAAAAAUUAUUUCACUAGAAGUCAUGCUUCAUUUUCUCUUCAACGCUAGUCAUCGGUGUGCUAUAUGACAUGAAGGUGAAGCGUAUUUUGAUGCAUCAGAUAGAUAGGCAUCACCUUGUGCAUCCAAAAUCUUUUUUCCAUGCAAGAAGUCACACUUAAUUAAUUUCUUUGACAGAACAUGUUUCAAUUUAUGCUUACAGUUAUUUCGAGAAAGGUUGUCAGAAUAACUGUGCACGCGACAAUCCCGAAAGGUAUUAUGGGAUAUAAUCAAUACACUGUUCCUGACACUGUAGCUGUCGAACCAACUUUUGUUGCUUUCCUUUAGCAUUUGCAAACAUAAGUCCAUGGCCUCUCUUGCCAUUAUCUCAAAUUUCUUUGAAAAACAGUGAACUAAAAACCAUCCACAAUACCUUUCAGGAUUGUCAUGUGCACUUUUUCCAACGACCUUUCACGAAAUAGCUGUAUAUAACAUAGUAAGCCGAUUCACUCACAAGUGCACAACAGGUAUAAGAAAAAUAAUUUGUAAACAUGUACUCUCUCUGGAAAGCUAUUACAGGUAUUCGUUGUUCCAAUUUUUUUUUUUUCUGGUGAAUAGGAAGCAAAGUUUAUGGAUGAGAUAGAUGGAAUAGGGGUUGUAAAGUCACCCAGAAGAGAAGAAAUCCAGGAACUCUGCCAGAAGAUGUGUGGCUGGGAAAGGUAUGUAUUUGCUUAUUUAAAUUUCAGGCAAGGCUUUUGAAUGAUAUAAUAAUCACACCAAAGAUUUAUUCACCUGGAAAAAGAAUUAUUUUGCGAAUAUCAAUCUAGAAGCAAGUGACGCUGACUAUAGAGCUAGGAGAAAACGAGAAAUGCUUGCCUCGCAGGCUACAUAAAGACUGAACAGUCAGCUGCUGUGGAAGAACCUUCAAGGGCAUCUGUGACUUGAAAUUUUGAGGACUGUGUUUCAGACAUCUUUUAUGAUGCGUUAAAAAAGCACUUUCCUUCCUCUUGGCAUUGGUGCCUGUACUUCACAGCUGUCAUCCACACAUUUAUUUGUCUUUAUGGAAAAAUGAUACUUUGUAAAUUAGCUGGUCAUAAAGAGAUUUUCAUUCUUUUUAUGGCAAAUGCAAAUGCCAAUUUGUACCAAUUAAUUUUAAGCUCUACCUUGACCCAUCAUUUUUUUUCUUAUUGCUUCACAAAAGUGAGUAUUUUCAUGUCAGGUUCAUCUGUAAAAAUUAUGUUUACCAGUUGUAUUUGUUUAUUUUCUAACUUUGGAAAUUGUCAACCUGAAAUUUACUUUUUCCUUGUGUUGCAUAAAAUCUGACUUAGAAUCUCUCCGAUGUGCAAUGUCAAAUGGGCUCUUAUAAAUCUGUGAUUUCUCCUUGUAACCAGCUAUACUGAGCUGGUAGGCCUGUAACCUGAUUUUAUGGUAACCAUGGAUGCCAUAAUUGCUCAUUUCUCUAAUAGUGGUGGGUUCCCUGGAAGCCAGCCUGUGUCAAUGGAUGUACAGAACAUAAAACUACUCCAUGAGAAACCUUACAGAGUUAGUUGGAAAGCAGAUGGAGUGAGGUGGGUUUCAAGCUCUUUCAUGUGACUAGUGUUUAAUUUCUCAUUAUAGUACUACUUGUUAAUCAAACUUAUAACUUGAGAAUUCCUAAAGUGAUCAUUAAAGACACUGUUUUAUUUCUCCUCAUCACUGCCAUAAGUAAUGUAUGGAGAACAGACUGUGUGUGCAUGUCUGGAAAAUAUGCAUUUUGUUGCUAAAUUUUCAAAUUUUAGUUUCCAAUGGAAGGGGACUUUGAUUGGUUUGUGGUUUGUUUUUGUUUCACAUUCUUUAAGGAACGUUGAAUUUUUGUGAGUGUGUGAGUAAGCUUACACAAGAAAAUUGUGAGAGGUGAAAUGGUCAUUCGUGAGCACAGGCUGAAAGAUCCCCACCCUAGUCUUUAGCAGGUUGCCCGUAGGUGACUUAUGACUCUCACAAUUUCCAAAAGAGCUUGUUUGCGGGUAACUUUUUUAAUAUUAUGCUCCCAUGCUCAGAGCAAUUCAUUUCUGCUGACCUCCUUUUUUUUUCUAGAUACAUGAUGCUUAUUUUAAAAGAGAAAGAAAUAUACCUUAUCGACAGAGACAACAACGUUUUUGCUGCACCACAGUUUCAUUUCCCACAGCGCAAAUUCCCAAGAGAACACGUCUUUGACACUUUGCUAGAUGGGGUAAGUCCUUCCUGUCUGUUGAAAAAAAAAUAUCAGAAUGGACAGAUUUAAUAUUGAGCUGUUCAGACCAUGAACUACACCUUGUGUCUUAAAAUAAAAUAAUCUUGCUCAUUUUCUAAACAUAACAUAUUUACUUGCCAUAUUGGAAAAAUAAGAUACAUGUUUUGGGCAGGGACGGUGUUGGAGGCGGGUUGAUGACAAAAUUGCUAAAAAAGUGUAAUAGACCUUAUUCGUUUUGAUUGUUUUGUUGCACAAAUUAAGAUUAUGUACUUAUACUCAAGGCAUCAAUCUGCCUCUAAAUCAGAAUUUAUUUUACUACCAUGCACUCUUUGUUUCCAACAAGACAAAGGUACAAAUCUUCUGAGUCAACAUCUGAUCACAUAACAAAUCAUAUGACUGGAUUAGAUUAAGGUACAUUCUUUCCUUGAAUGUGCAGUGAAUGUUUCUGAAGGAGCACAUCCCGGAAUACUUAUGGGGAGCUUUUGCUUUGUGUCGACUGAGUUGUUACUAAAUCGCUUUUAAUAUUUGAUUUCCCAGGAAAUGGUUCUUGACAAAGAAAAUGAAAAGAUCCACCCCCGUUACCUUGCCUAUGACAUCAUCCAAUUUCAAGUAGGUGUCAUUUUUCUUAAUUUACAGUUAAUUUCACUUUGUGAUGUAAAGACUGAACAAAUAGUGUCGUUGGAAAGUACUGCUGAAGAGGUUUCAUAUAUUUGAAUGGUAACACCAUAGAAUUUCAUCCACAGACUCAAAAGUUAAAACUACAUGCUAAAUAAAUGGUACCAUGUGAAAGUACUGCUGAAGUUUCCGUAGCUUGCAAUUCAGUGACUUAAAAUCUCAGUGAACUGCAACAAGUUUGCUGAAUUCAGAGUUGAUGACUUUUGUUACUUUGUUAGAGUGUGCACCCAUUGGCAAUAAAAACACAACCUUUUCCAUACAAGACUUAAAGUACCGUAAAUCCUCCAUAAAGCCCCACUUUCAAACGUGCUUGAAAGAGACAAGCCUACCCGGGGCUUAAUAGAGAAUUUACUGUGCUGAAAGAGCAGUUGUUUUUACUUUGUAUCACAGGGCCAAGAGGUUGGCAAGCAGAAUCACGACAUACGAAUGGUGUGUAUUGAAAAAGAGAUCGAGAUGGCUCGAAGUAUAGGGGUAAGUGUUUUUUUUUAUGUCGUGUGUUUUUCAAGGAAGAUUUGAAACUCGCGACAAAACAUAGUUGACUUUAUGCUCUCUUGUCUUAGAUCAAGUGGCUUCGUAAAAAACUGCUCUGUUCUUUUUAAAAAUUGUCAAUGUAUUUAGCAUGAAAGUACUAAGGUAAAAAUUUCAUAUUCUGUUUUCUAGAAUAAACAAACUCGCCCGUGAUUUCUUGCAUUGGCAUCUUUUAUCACUUUCUUGCCCCGGAGAAACCACGUGACAUUGCUUUUAUCUCAUCAGUCCUUACGCGUGCAAAGAUGGCGGGUAUCGUGUAUAAGGUCUAUUGACCGGAAAAUCUCCCGCCACUUUCUCAACAAUUCGGUGGUAAAACAAAUCUGAGUUAUCGCGUGCGCUUUCGCGCGCUUUUCUCGGUCGGCCGGCUACGGAUACAGUUUUUAAUAUCUGAUUGGCUUAUUUGACGUCUAUGCGUAUUCCCAUUGGCCAGGUUAGUAGGCUCAGAUUUGCCCUACGCCUCUCGUUUAAAGCGAGUUUUCCUGCUCAUCGUCUCAUCUGAAUAUAUGUUUUCGCUCACACGCAGAUUUUGAAAGCUCAUUUUGUACAUGAUUAGUUGUGUACCAAACGACGCUCUGAUCAAGGAGGUAACUCGGAAAUGAGCUCUUAUCCCCUGUUUUGACUCCCACAUGAGAAUGAUGUAACUUUUUUUCCAAUUUAGGCACAGCAAGGACUCUUUGACAAGUCAAAGGAGCCUUUCAGCAUAAGAGCGAAAAAGUUUUUUCAAGUGGAGAAGGCCGAAUGGGUAAGGACAGAAUUGAACGUCCAGACUAUCCAACCAUCCCUAUCUUGUCGGGAUUCUCCCCAUUUUGCUUAAAAAUCCCGAAUCCCUACCCAUAUGCGAUCGGGAAAGGAAACAUCCUCAUUUUGACAUGUUCUUAUAUUUUUAAAGGAAUUCUUAUGAUACAAGAAAUUAACAAAUAACAGAGUAUACAUUUUACACAUAAGGAAUUAUCCUCUCAGAACACCAGAAAUGACGGUUCAGAACAUCAGGAUUUCAAAAUUUUCAGGCAGAGAAUACCCUCAGAACUCCCUAGCGGCUCGCGCAUUCGGCGGUCGCGUGAUUCCUCGGCCAUUAAAAAAUUAUCCCGAUUUUGCAUACUUAAAAGAUUGGACAGUGUGAAUGUCAAAUGGCUGUUUUUUGAGAGCUAAAAUUUAUAGGAAUUGCGUGAAAUAGCAAUUGUUAAGCCCGGCCCCUCUUUGGAUCUUGUGUCGUUUUCCGUUGUGAGUUGUGGAAGAAAAAUCUGUUACUACUGAAUUCACGUUACCAGGUUUGCAUCAUCGUCAUUAUUAUCUUCGUCGACGUCAUCGUCAUAAUCGUCGUCACCAGUAUCUGACCAUCGUCGUCACGACAAAAAAAAUAAAAUAAAAUGAUAAUUCCGUUAUUUACCUUCGGCAGUAUUUAUAGCACUAAUACUAGUUGGGCCGAGCAAAUGCGUGAAACAAAUAAUUCAAAUAUAAUCAAACAUAACAGGGUUAAGAUCCCAACUGGCCAGAGACAGACCAGCUGGCUAUUUACAAGCAUGGCCCAGGAUUUGAACUCGGGACUACCACGAGCAAAUCCAGCUAGCGGUCAGGGCGGGACUUGAACUCGGGGCCUCUGAAUGGCAAAUCCAGCGCUCUAACCACUCAGCCAAGCUGCCGAGCUCACGAUGACCUCCUGAGCAGAACAAAAAUGACAACACUUUAUAAUCGAAGGCUUCAGGAUAUAACCACCAUUUCAUGUUCAAAAUAAAGCACGGCAUGUUGCCAAGCUCAGUAACCGAACUAUUUAACAUUAGUCACACAAACUAUAACCUCAGAAACGCAGACUUCAGACAGGAAUGUUUCAACACUACAGAAUACGGCAAACACUCUCUCAGGCAUUUUGGGCCACUUCUUUGGUCCAAAAUUUAACUGGGAGCUAAGAUCAGCACCUACACUCAGUAACUUUAAAAAAGGCAUCAGAAAGACAGACAUUGCCUCGUUAAUAGAUGACUCGUGUAACGACUGUGUCCUUUGCAACAGUUAGCAUUAGUUCGCCUCACCAUUUUACUCUUUUUUAGAGUUAAUCAAUUUACGAUUCAGAGGUAUUAUUAGGUAGUUAUUUAUUAGAACUAGAAUUUAGUUAAUUUAAUUAGAAUUAGAAUUUACAAUAUAUUACUAGAGUUUUAUAUAUAUGAUACAGUCUCCCCAAUUAGUAAGGCACUGUGCCUGAGCUAUAACACAUUAGACUUCGAUAAAGUUCAUUAUUAUUAUUAUUAUUAUUAUUAUUAUUAUUAUUAUUAUUAUUACUGCCUCCUAGAAGCCUCCUAAAAUAUCGGAUGGGUGUUUAUUCUGUAUCGGAUAGCUUUUCGUGCCUACACGCAAAGCAACCCGGUAUCACGUGAACAUCGUCAUCUUAGUCGUAGGUAUCGUUUAAAUCCGCAUCAACCUCCAUCUAGUCUGUUACUUUUACUUAAAUUUAUCUUUCUUUUUUUACAGAUUUUAGACGCCUGGAGCCCAAAACUCAGCCACGAAAACGAUGGCCUAAUAUUUAAUCCAGCGGAAGAGGUACAAACAAUUACGCCUCAGUUAAUUAGACUGCGAGCGUUCUCUCUUUUUCUUCAGAUUUAGUGAGGGGAGUACACGCGCGUGGUCAUAAUUUUCUUGUCUUGCGCGUUUCGCUUAGAAAGAAGAGGGGUUGCUCGUAGUCUAUUGGUUAAUUGCUGUUAAUUGUUUCAUUAACAAGAAACUGACAAAACAAUAUAUUUACUGAACCUGAGGGUCUGUUGGUGUAUUUCGACACAAGACGAUCUCCACAGGUAAUUGUUAUUGCAAGGCACUCGGACAGUUCUUUUUAACCCGUGAAUACCCGAAGUGUAGUUGACGAAGUUAUCGCUGUAGGUCGAGAUAUACAAGUCGCCGAAGUCGCCCGAUAUCGUCGUUGUUGCCGAAGUGCACUUUGGGCAACUUUGGGCGUGCAUUUAUCUGAGGUUUGUAUUUUUGAAAAAAAUUCGUAAAACAGACGGUAAAACAUCCGUUUUGUUGUUCACAAUCCAUAGCAUUAUAUUCCGGGAGAAAGUUAUUCUAGUUAACUGUCAGCCAUCAACUUAGUAAGGAAAUUAGAUUCUCAACUGUUAACUCUGGUUUUAUUCAUUCUAGCCAUAUGGUCCUGGGCAGAGUCAUGAAGUGUUGAAAUGGAAACCACAUACGCUUAACUCCGUGGACUUUAUAUUGAACAUAGGGAAAAUCAAGCAGGAAGGGUAAGGGACAACUACCUGGUCACAAAAAAUGUUUUAAAUCAACACAUAAUAAACUAUCCGCCGAAAGGGAGGUGAACAGUGGUGGAAUAACGAGGCGCGAAGCGUCGAGGUAUAUAUCUAGCGCUGUUCUUCGACCCUGGGGGAGCCCUGGGACAGCUUCCUUGCAGGCUAUUGGUGAAUUCAGUCAUGUGAUCAGAAAAUAGAUCCGCCAAUCAGUUCUGACCCUGGUAGUGUAAUUGUGACUGAAUAUCUCCUUUUUUAUUCCAGUUGUAUCCCCGAAUUGGUUGGCACACUCAUGGUUGGUGGAUAUGACAGACCUUUUGCUUCCAUCAAGGUUGGUUUCACUUCGAGAUUUUUACAGUAGACCCCUCCACGGUUUUUUCAACUUUUUACAUGGACAAGUUAGGGAAAAUCUGUCGACACCACAGGAACGAGCGACUUAAAAUUAGUAAAAUUGCCAAAUUUGAAAAAGUGAUACAUCUCAAGCCAGCCAAGAUAGAGCUCAGCAAAGUUGUGCAAAUUUACAGACGUUUGUAUGUUGUAGGGCAAAUUUGUACCAAAAUUUCGCGACUUUAAGGAGCUAUAUCUUUGUUAGUUUUCAACAAAUCACUUUCAAACUUGGCAAUUUUACUAAUAUUUAGGUGCUCUUUCCAUUGGUGUCGACGGAUUUUUCCUAACUUGUCCACGUCAAAAGUUGAACACCACAGUGAAAAGGUCUGUUCGUGCAAUACGGAAAAGCAAAUGUGACACGCAAAAGUAUAGCCGAAGUGGUCUCAUUUGAACAGCUCACUAUGGGAUUUUAUCUACAGAGUCGAAAAUUAGAACCACCUUGUAAAGCAUAAUAAUCAGUACCACUGGAAAUUACUGCACAGUUCUUCAUUUGAAUGGUCACACUUUAGGAUUUCAUCCACACUCUCAAAAGUUAGAACCACAUUAUACGGCAUAAUUAACAGCACCACAAGAAAUCACUGCUCAGUAGCUUUCAUUUGAGUUGUAACACUUUAGGAUUUCAUCCACAGACUCGGAAGUUUGAAUGGUCACACCACAAGAUCUCGCCCACAGGUUUAACAGUUAAGAGCAAAACAGCUUCUCUUGUCUUUAUAUUUAAAGAGAUCCUUCCUUUUACUUUAUUUUCUGUGUAAAUUUGAAUACUGAAAUGAAUACUUAAAUUAUAUUCUGUGCAUGGUUAAAACGUAAUAAUUUGCUGAAGUUUUUAUUAAAGGUAACAAAGGAACUGAAGAGCUUAAACAAAAAAAUUGUUGAAUGUACCUGGGAUGCGACUUCGAAACAGUGGAAAUUCCUCAGAGUGAGAGAAGACAAAAGCUUUCCCAACGGCUACAAAACAGCGAUGAGUACGUCUGUUACGUUAAAAAUUUUCGCAGAACCAACCUUUGCUAGGAUCCCUACAGAGACUAAAGCUAAUUAGGCAGACAGCAACUUACAUAAAAACAACAUCAGCAGAGACUACUAGCUAUGAAAUCGGAGAUAAAUUCGCCACUUUCAUACUGUAUGGGGAGAAUGGGUACAAGCUUUCAGCGCAACUAUUUCUGGAAUUGUUUGGGUGAGCAAGCAUUAGUUCUGAUUGGUUGGUGGUAUCCAAAAGCAACCAGUAACCAAUCAUUUCUUAUUCUGUUCACUCAAACGAUCCCUGGAAUCUUUGCGUGGAAAUCUUGUACCCAUUCUCCUGUGAUUUAUAGAGUGACUAUUUAGUCCGGGCCGUUUGGCUUACAUUUUGUUGUAAGGGGCUGGAAAGAGGAAGUCAUCCAAAACGUUCCAAGAGCCUUUGCGAAAAAAAUAGAAAUUAGCACCCUCAGUGCCAAACUUAAACGAAGACAGCUUUCCUUUUUAUCGAUAUGUAAAUAAUGAGUCGAAUAAUUUGGCCAUUAUUUUAUUUUCCCCUGUUGUUUAUCAUUUGCUAAAAAUUCCUGCAAGUUUUGAAUGUAAAUUCCCGUUUACAUCAUACCGUAAAAUUCCGAAAAUAAGCCCCUCCAUGUAUAAGCCCUUCCAAAUAUAACCCCCCCCCCCAAUCCUGUAACGCAAAGAACCCUCCGUUAAAUCGCCCCUCCAAAUAUAAGCCCCCCGGGGGCUUGUACUUGGAAAAUUGCCCUCAAAUACAAAGUAUAACAAAGCAAAAACGGUAAAUUUACUUCCAACUAUAAGGCUAUCCCAAUCGAUUUUGAAACGCAAAUUUCCCACCGUAGAUUAGCCCCUCCGAAUAGAAUAGCCCCUCCAAAAAUAAGCCCCUCAAAAAGUGCCUUUGAAAAAUAUAAGCCCCGGGGCUUAUUUUCGGAAUUUUACGGUAUAUCAACCACGUACAGGACACCGAAUGCUCUCUCAUACCAGCGGGCUCUGCUUCUUAUAAUUGUUGAAUACCUACCCCGGAAUGGCGGGGAUUUGUUUCUCUUCUAGGUGUUUGUAAAAGUAUUCAGCAGCCCGUGACAAGAGAGUGGCUCCUAGAAGUCAUUGAAAAGCACCGCUAUCAGCCAAACCGCCACAGGGACCCUAGAGCAUCGUCCUCAAGCAACACUGUGUAAAUAAACUUAUUAAAGAACAUUGGGGAUUUCGUUCUCUUUUAGGUGUUUUGGGAAGUAUUCAGCUGCCCGUGAUCACAUUGAAAAAUAUCAGUCAAAGCGCAACAGGGACCCCAGAGCAACGUCUUCGAGUAACACCUUGUACAUAAAGUAUAUUUAAGAACAGCAAGAAAGCAAGUUACACAUUGUAUUUGCAAAAUGUAUUGGAAAUGUUUUGCUAGAACGUAAGACCUUCAUCUGUGACACCAGCAUUUUACGUAGGUAAAGCUUGGAAAACUCUGACUGACGGGUUUCUCGCCUUCCUGGAACGUAACGAUUUGUUUUUCUCAGCUGAUGAGGAGGAAAACGACUAGUUACCGAUAAUAUUUCUUCUUUAGAAUGGUACGAAGUUAGACUGGUCCGUUCUCGAAGUUCAUCCGACGAUUUCUUCAAGCAAAACUGAAUACAGCCCACUGAAUACCAGAAAUGAUGAUGGCUCCGGUAAAGGUCAGGUCAGAACUGCACCGUUACAUGGUGGCAUUGUAAGAAGCCAAAGAUUAUGGUGCUUCACAUUUUUAAACAUUUAGAGGAUGCAUCCCGGUGGAUUCGGCGAAAGAUACGUUAUCUUUUUUAAAAACCGGGUACAAACGAAGCGGUCGCGAAAUCGUGCAUUUUUCCGAGAUUCUGGAUUCUGACUUGUUUUGCUAAAAUGUACUAGGUUUAUCAUCAGAUUUACUGUACAUAUUUAAUAAUCGUUUAUUAAAUAUUGAAAGCAGCG